AUGGAACUAAAUGCUUUGCUGUUUCCAGCCCCUCCGCCAAGCUACGAACUUGAGGAAUUUAAAGACGAACUAAUCUGGGUUCCUCGUGACGACAAAUCAAAUAUCUCAAUUCCAUGUUUACUCCUUCAAUGUGAAGAAGGCUCAAGCAAAAUUCUUUUAUACUUCCAUGGAAAUGCAGAAGACUUAGGGCUUACCUUUGAUAUGAUGGACCUUUUUCGAACAAUCCUCAAAAUCCAUGUUCUCUCUAUGGAAUAUCCUGGCUAUGGCUUGUAUUCUGGCAAGCCUAAUGCCACUCGAAUUUUAGAAGAUGCAAACUGUGUAUUUAGUUUUGUGGAAAACGUGCUAAAAGUCCAACCAUCCAAUAUUUUUGUAUUUGGCAGGUCCAUUGGAUCUGGCCCUGCUACGUGAUUAGCUCGCCACCGGUAUCCUGGCUGCUUGCUUUUAAUGUCAGCUUACACAUCUAUCAGAGCCGUUGUCAGGAAUAUUGCAGGGAAACUUGCUCAGUAUUUAGUGGCUGAAAGAUUUAAAAAUAUUGAUUGCAUGCCUUAUAUCCAAUGCCCAGCUUUCUUUGUGCAUGGCCAAAAAGAUACACUAAUACCUUAUUCGCAUUCUCAAAAACUACAUGAAAACUGCUCAGGUGCAAGCUUUUUGCAUCUUCCACCUGAGAUGGACCACAAUAAUUUUGAGUAUUAUGAAGAUUUGUUAUUGCCGAUUGCGACGUUUUGGAAUAAUUCGCAAAUUGAUGUCAGACCUGACCCGGAAGGCGAGCCUUAUUUGACUGUGCCACAAGAGUUUUUUAUAAUGCCAGAGGAGCAGCCUUUACCGAAAAAUAAAGGCAGAGUCAAUAAAUUGAUGAGAAGAUUUUCAUAG